AUGCGCAAGUGCGAUUUGUGGUCGGCUAUAAAUAUAAUUGACAGUCGGCGGCUGAAGUCAAAGACCAUCAAAUCAGCUUCCCAAGUAAAUGACGCUGUCAAGGUUCGAGGCCGUGGCUGCGUAAUCUCGUUUUCACGGAGUCCACUGGCAAGGUUGAAAGCGUUGCUCGAGACACACCGCAUUGCCUCCUUCAUGACUGUGAACGAUGUGCUGAAGGCACUGCUCUGGCACAGUAUGGUGACAGCUAGAGUCCCAUCGCUCCAACGAGAUCCUCCCAUUACAAGUGCUAAGCUACCCACCCCCAUCAAUAUCCGCAUCAAACUGCAAAAACCACUUCCAGAUUCAAAUUUUCGCGCAGCGAUUGACUUUGCUUUGGUCUACAUGCCACUGAGUCAUCUGAAAGAUAUGCGUUCUCCUUCUCUUGGUCAAACAGCACUGGAAAUACGCCGAGCGAUCAACAAUAUUGACGAACAGUACAUCCAUCAAGCCGUCGCCCUGGCUAGAACUACAAUCGACUUUCGAGAUCAGGCAAGCAACAUGGAUCGCGCUAAUGGAGCUGAUGUCUAUGUCACAGGCUGGCAAAGCUGA